GGUGGCAACUCAUUGAGUGUGCAAGCCACCAUUCACGACGGCAGGAACCUCGUGAGCUGUGGAGAUCGGCAUGAUAAAUCCACAGGAAGGCGACGAAGAAGGCAGCGGGGGCGAAGAUUUCAUUCCGAUUGACAAUGAGCAGGACGAGGUUACGUCGUGCCAGGUGACCUCACGCCACAAGAAGUACCGCGAGGCAAAAAAAGCCAUGAUCGCCGCGCUCAAACAGAAGCAUGCCGACCUGGAAUCGACUCUCAAAAGCCUUCGUGUGGAUAGAGUAGGCAUGUAUCGGACGAGGGUUCUAACGUGGAAAUGCAUCGCGAAGGCCCUCAAGGACAGUUGCGAUGCUGAACAUCGACAGAACCGAGAACUGCGCGCCACGAUUCACAUGUACCAGCGCUUGUUGCGGGAAAUGACAUCUUGGGUCAGCGUGCCGCGAGGUAUUCAUUCCGCUGGUCCAACUUGGCGCGACACCACAAUUUCAUCCGAUCCCAUUUCCAGGCGCAUGGGAAAGGAAUGGAUUGUCCAGCGCAUGUUUCACAACACCGACAUGAUGUUCCAGCAGCAUGGGUUUCCCCCGUGGGAUUCCACCGACACAGACAUGUGGAGGGACAUGGAGAUCUCUGUCUGGGACUCGGGCAGUCUGUGCACGACGCGGAGGCAUUUUGUUGCGGAUCAGUCCUUCGAGAGCACCGUAGCGUUUGUGCGGGAGGAGUGCCUCUCGACGCUUCUCAUCCAAGCUCCAAAAGCAAACAUCACGCGAGAAGCCGACGCGAAUACGCAGCUCUAUACCGUUGUGUCGGACUGCGGCGAGUUGGUUCAUAUUCUGUGUGGGGAGUUCCGGCAAGGCCCGGACCGGUGCGUUUUCGUGCUGCGUCAAAUCACACACGAUGACAGUCGGCAACACCUAAACGACUCCAAGUACCGCCAGCGCAGUCGAAUGCUGUGGUACGACUACGUCCGCGUACCAAACGGCCGAACGAGGAAGCGAGUGCUGGGGCUUGUCACUAGCUGUCAUGUCACCCACGAGUUCGACUUGAAUGUGGAAGCUGCCAUGUUUGGACUUGACCUGACCGACUGCCCCGAUUGCCUCAAGGAAAGCCGCUUUCGCAACCACGUCAUUGCGCGAUGGGAUCGCUUCAUGUCGUCGAUUGAAGCUUCGCUGAAAAACCCGCUGUGACCCAUUAUCUCGUGUAUUUAGUUUUGAGGAAUCCAGCAAGGCAAGCAUCGCUCGAGGCUUGCAUGGCCACGACAUGCCAUCAAAAAAUACCAUUCGACCUUUCACGGCAAAUGGGACGUCC